CUGACAUCUAGCGAUGAGAAAAUAUACGACGCUCUCUGACACGUGACAAACUUUGGUCACGUGACCAUAACAGCAAGUGACGUUUCGUUCCAAUAUGGUGGCCUGCAUGGAUGCAAUGCUGUGUUAAUAAUCCUGCUAACAUUUGGAUUUGUAGUGAAUAAUUCGACUAAAAUCAGCUUUUUUCCACUCCUUGGACGUGCUGGCGGAGAUGAAGACCUUCUGUGGCAGAGCGAACCCGACCACCGGAGCUUUGGACUGGGUGGAGGAGAGCGAGGAGUAUGACUACCACCAGGAGAUAGCCAGGUCCUGUUAUGCCGACAUGCUGCAUGACCACGACAGGAACGAGAAGUACUACCAGGGCAUCCGGGCUGCUGUGUCCAGAAUAAAGGCUCGGGGCGAGCGAGUCGUCGUCCUGGACAUCGGGACUGGAACCGGCCUCCUGUCCAUGAUGGCCGCCACUGCCGGAGCCGACUUCUGUUACGCCGUGGAGGUCUUUAAGCCCAUGGCAGAAGCAGCUCAGUGCAUCGUGAAGAAGAACAACUUCUCUGACAAGAUCAAGAUUAUCAACAAACACUCGUCAGAUGUGACUGUGGGACCAGACGGCGACAUGCAAGAGAAGGCCAACCUGCUGAUCACAGAGCUGUUUGACACCGAGCUCAUCGGGGAGGGAGCUCUGCCCAGCUACGAGCACGCUCACCAAAACCUGGUCACGGCGGGCUGCGAGGCGGUGCCUCACCGCGCCACCGUCUACGCCCAGCUGGUGGAGUCGGAGCUGCUGUGGAGCUGGGCCCAGCUGCAGCCAGCGGAGGUGGAGGGGGCCCGUCUGGUCCCGCCGCCCGCCGUCGGCCGCUGCGCCGGCGCUCACUCGGUUUGUGACGUCCAGCUGAGCCAGGUCUCCCCCAGCAGCUUCACCCCGCUGAGUCCUCUCUGCGCCAUGUUCAGUGUGGACUUCAGCAAGCCGGUCAGCAGUGCCUUCCAGUCCCACUCCACCAGCUUCGUGGCUCGGGCCGGCGGUCGGGCUCAGGUCGUUCUGUCCUGGUGGGACCUGGACAUGGAUCCCAGCGGAACCAUUGUGUGCAGCAUGGCUCCCACCUGGACGUACCCACAGCCGGCGAAGGCCCCGUGGCGGGAUCACUGGAUGCAGAGUGUUUACUUCCUGCCUGCAGAGCGCCAGGUGGCUGAGCGAGAGGAGCUCAGUCUGACGGUCUGCCAUGACGACUACAGUCUGUGGUACAGCCUGCAGCCUCACAGUCUCCAGGACGCCCAGGCUGCGACCCCGCCGCCUCGGCCGUGUUGCACCUGUCAGGCUCACCUCGUCUGGACUCGGCCUCGCUUCGGCGAGCUGAACGACAGACGGCGUACGGGGAGCUACGUCGCCGCUCUCCGCAGUGUCCUGAGCGAGGACAGCGUGUGUCUCUCUGUCAGCGAUGGAAGUCUGCUUCCUGUGUUCGCUCACAUGCUGGGAGCCAAAAAGGUGUUCAGUUUGGAAAACUCCAGAAUGUCCAAACAAGUUAUUGAGGAGGUGUUGGAAGCCAACUCUAAGAAAGGUGGGGUUGAACUGCUGGAGAUCAGGCCUGAACAGCUCACCAGUCAGGACCUCAGAGGAGAGCAGAUUUCCGUCCUGAUGGGGGAGCCGUACUUCAGCACCAGCCUCCUGCCGUGGCACUCCCUGUUCUUCUGGUACUGCAGGACCGCUCUGGCGGGCCUCCUGCGGCCCACUGCCACCAUCCUGCCCUGCUCUGCCUCCCUGCAUGUUGUAGCCGUGGAGUUCCAGGAUUUGUGGAGAAUAAGAGCGCCGUGUGGAAUAUGUGAAGGCUUUGACGUCACUCCCAUGGACGAGAUGGUGCAGCGCUCUCUGGAUUUCCGUGAGUCCCGUGAAGCGGAGCCCCACCCGCUGUGGGAAUAUCCAUGUCGAGCUCUCACUCACCCCACCGAAGUCAUGACCUUUGACUUCACACAGUGUGUCCCUCAAGAGCCAAUCAGCAGCCAGGGCUUGCUGCCUUUCAUAAGGACGGGUCGAUGUCACGGUGUUGCCUUGUGGAUGGACUAUCACCUGACUGAUGAUGUCACAGUCAGUGGGGGUCUGACUCAACCAAUCAGGGAGCAGCAGGGAGACUGCGAGUGGAGUCGACACAGGAAACAGGGAGUUUACUUCCUCAGGUCGGCGUGGGACAGUUUAGGUGACGGCAGGACCGGCGUGUCGUACAGCUUCACGUUCGAGCCCAGCUUAGGAGACGUCAGGAUGGACUUUAGCAUCACGGGUCACUGAUGUGAAUCCAAAACUGACUGAAAAAGUUUUACCUCAAGUCUCUUAUUUAGAGCAUAUUUAACUGUGUGUUUACAGUUGCUGUAAUGA